AUGCCUUACAACAUUGCUAUGGUCUGUGACUUCUUUUUCCCUCAGCCAGGUGGAAUUGAAAGUCACAUUUACCAGUUGUCAACCAAACUUAUAGACCGCGGCCAUAAAGUCAUCAUUAUCACCCAUGCGUACAAAGGCCGUACCGGUGUGCGAUAUCUCACAAAUGGGCUCAAGGUUUACCAUGUGCCCUUCUUCGUUAUAUUUCGCGAGGCGACUAUGCCCACCGUGUUUUCCUUCUUCCCGAUUUUCCGCAACAUCGUGAUUCGCGAGCAGAUCCAGAUAGUUCACGGGCAUGCUAGUCUGAGCAGUUUCUGUAACGAAGGUAUCCUUCAUGCCCGGACAAUGGGUUUACGUACAGUCUUCACCGAUCACUCGCUUUUCGGAUUCGCCGAUGCCGGGUCAAUUCUCACUAAUAAACUACUCAAGUUUAUUCUAAGUGACGUUGACCAUGUAAUUUGCGUGAGCCAUACAUGCAAGGAGAACACAGUACUCCGAGCAUCAUUAGAUCCUCUUAUGGUAUCGGUGAUUCCCAAUGCAGUCGUUGCAGAGAACUUUCGUCCAUUGGCAAAAGAUCGUCUACCGGGAGCGCCAGAUCCGCCGCUGGCCCCAACAAUCAUGGGACCUGAUGAUAUAAUCACGAUAGUUGUUAUUUCGCGCCUCUUUUACAACAAGGGCACAGACCUCCUCAUUGCCGCUAUCCCCAGAAUCCUUGCAUCCCACCCUAAUGUAAGAUUCAUUAUUGCUGGUUCAGGGCCCAAAGCCAUCGACUUGGAACAGAUGCUGGAAAGGAAUGUGCUUCAAGAUAAGGUAGAAAUGCUUGGUCCUGUUCGACAUGAAGAAGUUCGCGAUGUUAUGGUCCGAGGUCAUAUUUAUUUGCAUCCCAGCUUGACAGAAGCAUUUGGGACUGUGAUUGUCGAAGCUGCCAGUUGUGGCUUGUACGUGGUCUGUACUCGUGUGGGUGGCAUUCCGGAAGUGCUUCCUCAACACAUGACGACAUUCGCAAAGCCAGAAGAAGACGAUUUGGUCAUGGCUACAGGCAAAGCGAUAGCUUCAUUGCGCUCGAACAAAGUGCGAACUGAUAGAUUCCAUGAUCAGGUGAAGAUGAUGUACUCAUGGACUGAUGUCGCUCAACGGACGGAACGCGUAUAUCAGGGGAUUUCCGGCGAUAUCAGCCCAGAAGAAUUUUAUGGUUAUUACCCCGGCGAAGGGUGGGAAGCCAGCGGCGAUCGAGUACGAAGUUUCGCCCUCAUCGACAGACUUAAACGCCACUAUGGCUGCGGCGUGUGGGCUGGGAAAUUAUUCUGCUUGUGUGUCGUGAUUGACUUCCUACUAUAUGUGUUCUUGGAGAUGUGGUUCCCUCGAGCAAACAUCGACAUUGCACGCAGUUGGCCCAAGAAAUUAAUCGGGCGGAAUGAAAAGAAUCGACUUGGGAAUGCGACUAGACGAGCUGCUUCAUAA